GUUGUAAAAGUCCACAGAUUCAUUGACUGAUGUGAGAUUUAUAGUGGAGAGAUGCUGGAGAUCCGAGGUCAUGGUGUCCGGGUUGAUGUUUUUCAGAUUUCUGAAAUCGAUUUGACGUUUUGGUUUGGUGUAGGGAAGCAGGAGUGGCCUUGUGAUCCGACACACCCAGAUCGUAAACAGAUAGAUUACGGAUGGGGGCAAAGUUCUGCAUUUAAAAUAUUUUUGCAUAAAAAUGUAUCAAAGAUACAAAGAAGCCUACUCAUUGUGCAGAAUGGUCAGGGUUAUAUGCAUUAGUCUAUAUAUUAUUUGAUUACUAUUACUUAUACAUUAAUGUGUAGGCAGCAGCAUAUUAAAGUGAAAUAAAGCUUAUUUUUACUACUUUAUAUACUAUUGGGUAUGUUCAUCCGUAACAUAUGACACACUUUACUUUUCUAUGCUGGUACCCGCUGGUAGGAGUUUCCCGUCGGACAUAUUUAUUGAAACACAACUCUGUUCACGUGGGAUACAGUGCCGCUGUAGAAGAUUAAAAUGCCUAAGAAAAGCAAAGCAAAGACUGUAAAGAGACGGAGCAGCGAUGAUGAGCAGCUCCCUCCGAAACAAAGCAGGAUAGCAGAGCAUAGCAACACUUCCAUAUCCCCUCUGUGCUUCAACAGCCCCGUCAGCCUGUUCGAGAGCCUCAUCCAGCCCAUUGGGACAGAGCAGUUCUUCAGGGAGUACUGGGAGAAGAAACCCCUCCAUCUGCAGAGGUCUGAUCCCGACACAGCCUCCUACUACCAGUCUUUGUUCCAGCUUUCCGACCUGCAGAGCCUGUGUUCUCACGAUCUGGAAUACUGCAGCGACGUCAACGUUGUCCGCUGCAUCAACGGCAAGAAAAAAGUGUUCAACAAGCAGGGGCAAGUUAAGAACAGUGAUCUCAAUAAGAACUUUGUUCGAAAUAAGGCCACCAUCCAGUUCCACCAGCCGCAGAGGUUCAAGGAUGAGUUGUGGAGGAUUCAGGAGAAGUUGGAGUGCUUCUUUGGAGCCUUGGUGGGAUCUAACGUCUACAUCACACCGGAGGAGUCCCAGGGCCUUCCAGCUCACUAUGACGACAUUGAGGUAUUUGUUCUGCAGCUGGAGGGACAGAAACGUUGGCUUCUCUACACUCCUACUGUCCCGCUGGCAUCAGAGUACAGCGUGGAGUCAGAGGAGAGGAUCGGCAGCCCCACCCAUGAUAUUAUACUGAAGGCGGGAGAUCUUCUGUACUUUCCCAGAGGAACCAUCCAUCAAGCCAGCACACCCGCAGGAGUGGACCACUCCACCCACUUGACUCUCAGCACUUACCAGAGAAUGUCAUGGGGAGAUUUGCUGUUGGACAUAUUUCCCAGAUUGCUGUGUGACCGCAGCAAGACUGAAGUCAGUCUGAGAGAGGGCAUGCCCAGAAGACUCUUACUGGGUAACAGUGAAGGCCUGGACACCGGCAUGCAGAUGGCCUCUCGUCUCAGAUCUCUGGCUGAUGAGAUGGAAACAGGGAAGCAGGAAGUCCACUCCACCCACAUGAAGAGAGACUUCAUCAUGAACAGACUGCCCCCAUACAGCCAGCAGGACCUGCUUACACCAUCAGGAAGGAUUCCUGCCUUGGAGGAUAUGGUAUGUUUGAGGUUUAAAGACCAUAUGGUGAUAACAGUGGAGCCCAGCCAAGAGAGAACGGAUGAGGCCACAGAGCUGGUCGUCUUUGUCUUACAUUCUUUGAAGAACCAGAGGGAGAGCCACAUGAUGGGUGAAAGUUGCGAUGAAGAGGAGGAAGAGGACAUCUCCAGGGGACUGCAGUUCCCUCUGUCCCACCUGCCGGCCCUGCAGCAGCUCCAGCAGGCGGAGCAGCUGGCUGUGGCUCAGCUCCAGCUGCCCACUGAGGAGGCCAAACGCAGUCUGGUCCUGGCUCUCUGGAGUGAGAGUCUGCUGGUUGUGCUAUAG